GAAAAUUUUACAUCUGUGUCUCAAAGCGCAUCAUCAUCUAUAGAAACCUCCCCAAAUUAUGUGAGACCAGGUGGACGUUUGACUAUUCCAAAGGAACAAGAAAGAAAUGCUUUGCCUGCAUGUACCAUUGCUCCAAUGCUACCCAGGGUCAAUGAUUUUCAUUUGCCAGGUUCAUCUUCAUCAGCUUUUCGUCCAUUUAUAACUCAAACAUCACUUGCAUCUACUAGAGAAAUUAGCUCUUCCUCCCAAAAUCAAAACAUGAUUACAUCUACACCUAUCUCUCGGCGAGCAGAAAGAUCCACACUUCCAGGCACUUCCUCAUUUAUGUCUUUCCAGAGAACAACCCCUUCCCCCUCUCCACAACGACAGUUAUUACUUAGUGACGCUAACAAUGGAAAUGAUGAAAAUGAAGAUGGGCGAACAACAGCAUCUGCACCACCAUGUACACCAGCUCCUGAACCUCACUUGCAACCACAGUCCCCUUUUAGGAAUAAUCGGCAAAUAAAAAAAAUUGAUCUUUUAGCUAUGUCGAGGUCACGUCAGUCAGAUCGUGCUGAAAAUGCUAGGAGAGAUGGCCGUUUGGCACCAAGUCCCAGAAAGAAGGAUGAAGUACUUAGAAAUAGUGGAUUUACAUUUGCUUCAAAUAGAGGCUAUGAGGCACAGUCCACCUUACGCUUAAGUAUGCAAAAUAGCAGACUUACAGGUGCAGACACUGGUGUAUCUCCAGAGAGGCUAGGAAAUGGUGCUUCACCAAAUAUAGAUGUGGUCAGUGUGGAUGACCAGCCUGAUCCUUCAAAAUGUAUGUUCAGCAUUCAGUUUCAUGAUUUUGCUCCAGGUAAGAAAUUUAUUGCUUAAUAUUACUAGAUAGAGGAGUAGACAAUUCAAAUAAAUCAAUAUGUGACACAGUAAAACGAUAACUGGUAAAGUUAAAGUAAAAGUAUAUUUUGACAUUUUCACUCCUUUAUUUUUCUUCUUCAAAAUAUCUGAUUUCAUGAAAAGUAAAUAAUUUUUUCCAUGUAUGUUAUAUCAAAUAUUUUUGCCAAGGCAAGAAAUCUACUCAGUAAAUAAAUAUGUACGUAAAGCAUUUAAAAAUUGAUUUUUUAAAUCAAAUAUUUAUUUUACAGCAGAACAAGUAAUGAAGUGCAACAUUUGUGGCUUCGUUACUAAUAAUCAAAGAUUCUACAGAAGACAUAGGAGGCUUCAUACUCGUCAGUAUCAGCCAAAUUUGAUUCACUGUAACCUUUGUGAAUACAGCACCACACAGAUUCGUAAAAUGAGAGAGCAUACCAUCACCAACCACCACAUGUCUCAUCCUCACUCCCUUGCCAACUCUAAUCAAGCAUUCAAUCCUUCGGUCCUACCAGAAUCUACUCACCGUCCACAUGUUCAGAGUCAAAUGUUCAUGGGGGGUGGCAGUGGUAGUUUAUUUCAUCCUGUUUCAAACAGACCAGUCAAUGUAGCUGUUGGUGCUGCUUCAACUACAGGCAUUUCUAAUGCAUCGAGUCUAGGCCUUCCAACUUACAUACCCACAGCCCAAGAGCCUCAUCUUCAUGUGAACACACAAGCAACUCUUCAACAUCCACCAAGGGGCAGUGCCAUGCUAGGAAACUAUGCCCCUACAAAUGAUCAACAGGUGACUAGCUACAUGCGUUCUGUUAUCUCCAACCUUAUGUCUCCACGUACAGACCCAAAUAAUUCUGUUUCAUCCUCAAGUUUAUACUUGCAGGCAGCAAGGAAUUUCCCCCAAGAAUCUCACACAACUUUACCGUCCAAUAAUGUGCCAAUCAUGGAGGAGACCUACAACUACAGACGAUUCUGGAAUGCUAACAGCAGUAAUAGCACUCAUGGUGAUAAUCACAACAUAACAGGAUCAACUUUUGUCAAGGUUAAGACAGAGCCUAGAGCUGCACCUAUUAGUCAGUUGUCUCGGGGAGUUCAUGACAUGCCUUCAAGUACUCAAAAGGAUAGGCCAGUUAGAAGCCCACGCAGGCAAUCUGACACACUUGAUAGUGAGUCUGGUAUGGAUAUGAGCAGUGAUGACCAUGCAUCUUCUCCUCAGCCUGGGGGGUUAGGAUGCAGAUCUGAAGCAAGGAUCAGUACAGAAACUCAUCAGACCAGCAGCACUGCUCAAGCUGAUGACCCGAGUAUUGCUUCACAAUGCCCUGUGCCAUUUAUAAAAAUUGAAUUCCCCCCGCACAGAGACACAUGCAAUUAUUUAAAUCGCAACAGCUGUACACGCACUGACCGUGAAGUACAAUGUGAAAUCAUAUCUAUGUCUAGUAAUCAUCAUAGACAAGGAGGGCGAACCCAAUCAGAAGCGGUGAGUAGUGCUGGAGGAUCUGCUGUUGUGGAAACAAGAUGCUACUUUUGUGGUGUCACAUUUGAUGAUGAGGUACUGUACUCUAUUCAUAUUGGUUGUCAUAGCCACACAGACCCUUUCAUGUGCAAUGUUUGUGGCAAACAAUGUCACAAUAAGUAUGGUUUUUAUUCUCAUAUCAUGAGGGGGCAUCAGUCCAGACCUAAUACAUAA